UGCUCCCUCCCCCGGGCUGCAGGAGUAGUAGGAGGUUAACGUGACUGUGAGAGCUGUACUUUAAUACAGCACGGCGGGCCGAACUCACACACUCAGACACAGUCACAGCUGAGAAAUCACACUGAAACAUAAGGUUAGUCCCUCUGGAUUUCUAUGUGGAUCUGGGACUGUAAACUAUUUCAAGAGGGAAAUAUCAGAGAAAGAUUUUAAUUUGGUGUAGGACUGUAAAGGAAGGUACCUGGACUCACAGCGGAGAUGGAUGCAGGCCCGUUGGCAUCUGUGGCCGAGGGCUCUCCGGAAGGGGAGACUGUGUGUGCCGCUUUGGCCCGUUAUGAAACCACAUUGCGGGAUGCGGUGCGUGAGAUCCACGUGGACGUCAGUGCUUUCAAGCUGGGCAUUGAGCGGAGACUAGAAGAGGCCAUUAAUGUGAGCGGACCUCUGGGCCGGGCCGUGGCACAGCUGCAGCAGGAGAACCGGCAGCUCAGGGGUCAGUUAGAGGCCCUGACCCGACAGGUGGAGAUGCUGACGGGGUCGGUGUGCGACAGAAGCGCACUUCUCACUGAAGGAUCGGUGCCACCACAGAGCAACAGCAGCACCGUGGGACAUCAGUCUCCACCGUCUGCGGCCCCCAGUGUAGCAGCUCUGACUGGCUCCGCCAGCGGCUCUGCCUCCAGCCCCACUGCCACACGCUUCUCCAGCAGAGCCACCUUCUCUGUCACCAGCAAAACUAAUAGUGUUGAGCGAGAUGAGCCCAUUGAAGUGGAUCCAGCACCAGUUUCCCAAGGCUUGGAGAAUGGACACUUAUCCUCAGCAGAAAACUCCACUAUGCCUUUGAGGAGAAUCUCACCACCCAACGGUCUGUCACAGGAGCACUCGGCCCCCGUUUCAAUGGCGAUGCCACACCUGCCAAUCACAGCAACCACCAAAGUGGCUGACUCAGCAGUUAUGAAAAGUCCCGAGUCACCUGGUAGCCCGAUGCAAGCCACGCCGUCAGCCAUCACAGAUUCACUGACAAACAGUCAGCCAGUCACCAGUAGUAAUCAGCCACAACUAGAGUCUCCUGUUAAUGCAGUACCGUCUGUGAAAACAUGGGCUCCGACUCCUGCCAGGACUAUGGGUUCUCCACGGCUCAGUGAGAAAGCAUCUUCGGCUCCAACCAAGUCAGUGACUUACUCUGGGCUUUUCCCACACAGUACAGACAGGAACGUGGAUAUGUCAGGAGAUUUAUCCUUUGGUAGAGGUAUUGAGCGCAGACGGGAGCUUGUGAGGUCCCAGACUUUACCUCGAAACAUUGGAGCCCAGGCUCGCAGGUCCAUUUUUGAGAGGCUGGACACUGAGAACAACAGUCGACCCAAGCCUGUGGAUUCCAAACCGAAGCUGAAACGCUCUCAGAGUUUUGGAGUAUCCAGUGCUAGCAGUAUCAAGCAGAUUCUACUGGAAUGGUGUCGAUCCAAGACCAUUGGGUACCAGAACAUCGACAUUCAAAACUUCUCAUCCAGCUGGAGUGACGGCAUGGCAUUCUGCGCCCUGGUCCACUCUUUCUUCCCCACAGAGUUUGACUACAACGUCCUGUCCCCUGCCGACCGCAAACAUAACUUUGAGCUGGCAUUCAGCACUGCAGAGAAGAAGGCUGGCUGCGAUAGGCUCAUUGAAGUGGAGGACAUGAUGGUGAUGGGAAGAAAGCCAGACCCCAUGUGUGUCUUUACUUACGUCCAGUCACUAUAUAACCACUUGCGCAAGUUUGAGUGAGAUCUCGGCCUCUUCAGCCCCAGCUGAACACUCUGCACUGUCCUCUGCUGGACAAAAUUGAACUCUGAUAUAGUCACUAUAGUAUGGGGUUGCAAAAUGUCUAUGGGAACCCACACCAUUUCAAGCAUGAUGCUUCUGCGGUUGCAUUUUAGUCAAGAAAAGGUCAUCGACUAUUUAUACAGUCCUUUGAGACACGGCUUUUGUGUAUGGCACGCUCUUUUUAGAAUGGUGGCCUCUGAUUUAUUACUAAACAGCUUGAAGUUAAAGGAAUAGUUCAGCCCAAAAUGAAAAUGUACUCAUCUUUAGGUCAUCCAUGAUGUAGAUGAGUUUGUUUCUUUGUUGGAAAUAGAUUUGGAGAAAUUUACUUCUCCAAAUCACUUGCUCACCAUUGGAUACUCUGCAGUGAAUGGGUGCCGUCAGAAAUUAGAGUUCAAACAGCUGUUAAAAAAAUCACAAUAAGUAAUUCACAUGAAUCCAGGCCAUCAAUUAAAUAAAAAGGUGCAUGUUUGUAAGAAACAAAUCCAUAAUUUUCAAAAUUUCAAAAUUUUGCUUUGUCCAGUGAAAAGGUCAUCUUGUCUGAGUCAGGUAAGAAGAUUAAGCACCCUUUACAAGCAAAAACAGUCCAAAGCAGUUCUAAACCAAUAUGUUGGUGGAUUUUGAUGUGGGAGGACAACAGCUGAUGGAUUUUUUCACUGGAAGGAAGUAUUAUCAUGGAUUAUGCACUUGUAUUUUGGCCAAAAGUGAUGAAGUCAAGUUAAAAUGUUUAUCACAAACAUGCAGCUUUAUGAUGUUAAUAUAGACUGGAGUCAUGUGGAUUAUUGUGAUGUUUUUAUCAGCUGUCUGAUGGCACCCAUUCACUACACAGGAUGCAUUGGUAAGCAAGUGAUAUAAUGCUAAAUUUCUCCAAAUCUUUUCUGAUGAAGAAACAAACUCAAGCGUAAGUACAUUUUUCUUUUUGGGGCGAACUGUUAUUUUAAAUUCAGUGGAUUAUAGAGCCAUUUUAUAGACUGCAAAGAUAGAGACAUAGAAAUCUAUUAGUGGAUUUCAUACUUACUAAUGAAAGAUAGAGCGAAAUAGGAUAUAAGGUACAAUAUAUAUCUUUUGUUCUCAAAUAGAAUGGCACAUUUUUUAUAACUAUUUGUCUUUUUUUUCUUUUCUUUUUUCUAAUUUUCAGUGGCAUAAGAGCAACAUUUCAUAUGCCACCCUGAGCUGCACGUUUCUGGUUGUCUUUUAUACUGUGUUUCUGUAGCUUUGCCAAAGCUCAGAUACACUGGUGCAUGUGCAGGAAGUACAGUACACAACAUACAGAAUGCACUGGAUCUGCGUUAUAACCGGAAAUGCUGUAAACCUGGUUAAACAAAGCUGGACUCUCAAGAGUGAGCAUCACCAGGGAGUGUGACAUAAUAAAUGUUUUUUUUCUUUUGAA